AUGGAUCCCUUCCAUUCUAAAGCCCAAUUUUACAUGGCCAUGUCCAAUGCAGUCGACCAUCUCCAAGACGACCCCCCCAAUACCUCACGUGCCGGGCACAAUUUCCCGUCGCAUUUGGGGCUUUGUUCACAGGGCUCUAUAUUGGUUUUCGCAACCAUAUUGCAGGUGCCAACCUUUGGCGGUGAGCGUAUAUGUUCGGCAAUCGGAACACUCAUUCGAAGCACACGGGUCCCCGACCAUAAAAUGGGUCCAUUUGAAAAUGAGAAAGAAAUGUGUGAAUACCUUUUAGCACCAGCCUCCAUGCACACUUUCAAAACAAGAGAGGAAUACAAUGCAGUAGUCCAACGAGCAGAGGAACUUCAAGAGCGACCUCAUCAAAUAACUUUCACACAUGGGGAUUUUAAAGCCCAUAAUAUCCUUGUUGACGAAGAUGGCCAUCUGGCUGGAUUUCUUGACUGGGAAUCAGCUGGCUGGUGUCCUGAGUACUGGGAAUUUACUACAGCAAUGAGCCCAGAUAGCAGCCCCGAAGUUGCCCGCUUCAAACUUUCCAACGCCCUCUCACACAUACAGAAAAUGAGCGACUCUCAAGCCAAAAAGUCCGCCUACGGCACCCCUUCCUCCGACACUGCCUUCCGCAAAACCUGGGAUCGCGAAGCCUACGCCGAGAAAGCCGCUGCUGACGAAGCCAAGGCCAAAGCCGAGUCCAAAGCUCGCUAUGAAGCAAAGCUUCUGGGCAAGAAGUACUACGCGCCCGUCGACUAUAGCACCCUCGAAGCCACGACUUCUCGCGCAAGGAGACUCGAUGUUGCUUCGCUAGUAGGGAAAACGACUAUUGUGCCGGCAGGGGCUGCGGUUGGGAAACGGGGUCGUGGGGCUGGGUUCUACUGCGCCGAUUGCGAUCUGACGUUUAAGGAUAAUAUACAAUUGGUGGAACAUCUAAAUAGCAAACAACAUUUGAUUGCGACUGGCCAGAGUGGUGAGGUCGUGAGAGCAGGUGUUGAGGAUGUUAGACAGAGACUGAGGUGGCUCUCGCAUAAACGAAGAAUGGACGCGGAAGAGGAAAAGAAAGCAGGCGAACUCGAUCUCAAUCAGCGUCUCAAGACUAGAGAAGAGGAAGAGGAGAAAGAAAGAGAAGAGCGAAGGAGGAAGCGGAAUGAAAAGCGACGGAAAAAUGGCAAAGAGGGGCAAAAUGGUAUUAAACAAGAAGAUUCCUGGGAAGGCCGGCUCGGUGUUAUAGCCUGA